UAAAGUCGCACCUAAGAGUGACAUGAUGCGCAAUAUUGGAAAUACUGCUUUUUUAUUUAUGAAUGAGCAUAUUAUGUACACCCAAGUGUUACCAAAAUUUACUGAAUUAGAAAGCGCUGCAAAUAUUCCGCAAGAAGAAAGACUUAAAUAUGCAGCUUGCUACGGAACUUACAUGGACGCACCAAACGAAAUUAUUCUUCUAGAAGAUUUAUCAGUACCGGGAUUCAAAAUUCUAGACAAAUUCUCCUCAUUAACUGAUGAAAAUGUGAGAUUAUUUCUUAAAAAUAUCGCAAUUUUACAUUCCCUGUCAUAUGUUUUGAGAUAUAAAGAACCUGAAACAUUUGAAAUAUUUUGUAAAAAUCUUGUCAAUCUUUGGUUAUUAAUGGCCAAAGCUCCUGAACCGAUUCAAUGGUUUGCUCAGCUUGACGCUGAAGUGCAAAUAUUAUUAGACAACGAUAAGCACAAAAAGGCAGUCAAAAACGCAUUAGUACAAAUGAUUGCUCAAGCACCGAAAUUGGCUAAAUUUGACGCCGGCUCGAAGCACUCUGUAAUUCAAAAAGGAGACGCUUGGACAAACAAUAUUAUGUUUAGAUUUGAGGAUGACAGAAGCGUGGAGUGCUGUGUGAUCGACUACCAAGUCUCUAAACAGAGUAAUCCCGUCGCUGACCUACAUUACAUGAUCUUUAAUUGCACCGACUACGCUACGAGAGCGGAGCAUUUCCACGACUGGAUCGAUUAUUAUCACUCACAAUUGGAUAAAAGCUUGGCCAACUUUGGACUAAAGGCCAAUUACGUUUAUUCUAAAGAUCAACUUGAUGCAGACUUACGUAGAUUCGCCAAGUUCUUUCUUGGCGAAAGUGUUUUGUUAACUACAGUGCUGGUCAGAGAUACAGCAGAUGCCGCUAGAUUGAAAGAAGUAAUGAAAGAAGUUCAUGCCGAUAUGACUACAGACGAAUUAAACGACAUAGCCGAACAAACUAAGCUGUCAAGGUCAAAUCCUGAAACGAUUAAGAAAUUUCAAAUUAAAUUGAAAGGAAUUGUUGAUAGUUUUAUUGAAUUUGGGUUUCUGUGAUUAUGUCGAUCUUUAGUAUAAUCCUGAUAUUCAUUUCAACUUACGAAUAAUAAAUAUAC